GACGACACUUAUUCUCCAUGUUUCUAGUGUAAUUUACUUGGUGGAGCAAUGAACGUGCAUGUCGUGUGUGGGCUGCUUCUGCUAAGCGUCUGUGAUGUUGCUUCGCAAACUAUCAUGGAGACACUGGCCACAAGAUUCGAGACGAUGAUCUUCACAAGUCUCAUUAAAAAAGCCGGACUGGAGAGUCUCCUCAACACUGGAAACUACACCGUCUUCGCCCCGGUAGACGCGGCGUUUCAAACCCUACCCAAGCAGACGAUGGCAUUGCUAUACCAGAAGGAGAACCUGCCCCAGAUGACGGCCAUGAUCAAGUAUCACAUUGUGCCGUACACUGGGAACACACACCGCAACUGGACAGGGGAGACACUCAACACCCUGGCGUCAAAACCUGUACGCAUGGUCACCUACCCCCACAACCAGGUGACUGUUGUCAACGGUGUCGUCCUCACUGAAUCCAACCUGAGCGUCUCCAAUGGCCACAUCUAUCUACUGGGCUCUACCCUGUCUCCUCUGAUUGUUGAUGUUGUGCAAAGCCUAUCCCAGGAUCCCAAUUACUCCUCGUUUCUGACUGCUGCCGCCUUGUCGGGAAUGACGAGCAAACUUAAAGAAGACAACAUCACAGUCUUUGCUCCACAUGAUCUCGCAUUUAGUAGAGUGGGUCAAAAUAGGACGGAUGUUUUGUUUAACAACAUACGCCUGCUACAAGAAUUGGUGGAAUUUCACAUCCUGCCUGGCGUCUACUACUUUAACGGUUUGUAUAACAAUGAGAGUAUCCACGACGACAACUCUAGAUACGACAUUACCUACACUUUCCGCGAAUUAGUUAAUCAUAACUUCAGGAUGACACCGUAUGAUGGAACCUUCUUGAACAAAGAUUGGCUUGCAACUAAUGGCGUCAUCCAUGCUAUCAAUGGAGUGAAGCAUUCAUUCACGUUCUAUCGAGAUGUUGAUAAGUUAAUCGGCUAAAACCAAGUUUCGAGCCUACACACUCUAAAUAAAGAGAUGUUCUGAUGUGAA